UGCGCCUGCGCGCGGCGCCGAGGGGACGGGGUCGGACGCAGAAAUGGCGGCCUCCAUGCUCUGCAGCCGGUUGUUGGCUGCUGCCACCCUUAGGAGCCAGCGGCCCCGGACGACGUUGCGGGCUGCCGUUCAGGUUCUGGGAAGUCCUGGAUUAUUUAACAAUCAUGGAUUUCAAGUACAGCAGCAACAGCAAAGAAAAAUCUCACUACAUGAAUACAUGAGUAUGGAAUUGUUGCAAGAAGCUGGAGUCUCUGUUCCCAAAGGACAUGUAGCUCAGUCACCAGAUGAAGCUUAUGCAAUUGCCAAAAAAUUAGGUUCUAAAGAUUGUGUCAUUAAGGCACAGGUCUUAGCUGGUGGCAGAGGAAAAGGAACAUUUGAAAGCGGCCUCAGAGGAGGAGUGAAGAUAGUUUUCUCUCCAGAAGAAGCAAAAGCUGUUUCUUCACAAAUGAUUGGGAAAAAGUUAUUUACCAAGCAAACUGGAGAAAAGGGCAGAAUAUGCAAUAAGGUAUUGGUUUGUGAGCGAAGAUAUCCCAGAAGAGAAUACUACUUUGCAAUAACAAUGGAAAGGUCAUUUCAGGGUCCUGUGUUAAUAGGAAGUUCUCAGGGUGGUGUCAACAUUGAAGAUGUCGCUGCUGAGAAUCCUGAGGCCAUCGUUAAAGAACCUAUAGAUAUUGUAGAAGGCAUUAAAAAGGAACAAGCUGUCAGGCUUGCACAGAAGAUGGGAUUUCCACCUAAUCUUGUGGAUUCUGCAGCAGAAAACAUGGUCAAGCUAUACAACCUUUUUCUGAAAUAUGAUGCAACCAUGGUAGAAAUAAAUCCAAUGGUAGAGGAUUCAGAUGGAGCUGUGCUGUGCAUGGACGCAAAGAUCAAUUUUGAUUCUAAUUCAUCUUAUCGCCAGAAGAAAAUCUUUGAGCUACAGGACUGGACCCAGGAAGAUGAAAGGGACAAAGCUGCAGCUAAGGCAGAUCUCAACUACAUCGGCCUAGAUGGAAAUAUAGGCUGUCUAGUAAAUGGUGCUGGUUUGGCUAUGGCCACAAUGGAUAUAAUAAAACUCCAUGGAGGAACUCCAGCCAACUUUCUUGAUGUUGGAGGUGGUGCCACAGUCUCUCAAGUAACAGAAGCAUUUAAGCUUAUCACUUCAGAUAAAAAGGUACUGGCUAUUUUGGUCAACAUUUUUGGAGGAAUCAUGCGGUGUGAUGUUAUUGCACAGGGUAUAGUCAUGGCAGUGAAGGAUUUGGAAAUUAAAAUACCUAUUGUGGUACGGUUACAAGGUACACGAGUUGAUGAUGCUAAGGUGUUGAUAGCGGACAGUGGACUUAAGAUUCUUGCUUGUGAUGACUUGGAUGAAGCUGCUAAAAUGGUUGUGAAGCUCUCUGAAAUAGUGACCUUAGCCAAGCAAGCCCAUGUGGAUGUGAAAUUUCAGUUGCCAAUCUGAACAGAGAACCUAUUGGAUGGCUGAAGGUGUUAAAUGUGCUAUAAUCAUUGAAAUACUGUGUUCUGUAUUAUAUUGUUCCUUUUCUCUUUAGUAAUAAAGAGAUUGUAAUUGCCAUCUAGAUACAAAAACUUUUUAAAGCAUUUGGUCUGCAUUUAAUUCUACUGGUCAGCAGGAGCUGUUUGUAUAAAGAAUAUGUAAUGCAGUUAUCUAGUUUCUUUUGUUACAACCUUCUUUUUCACUUCUAUAGAAUGUCACUUGCAAUAUGCCAGUUUACUAUGGUUGGCUGCAAUAUUCUUCAUUGAUCAAGUCCGAUGAAUAAAAUAAAUGUGAAGAUAAAGCUAUUCUUUAGUGUUAGAAAUAUGGCAAUAUCUAAUAACUAGCCCUAUUAGAAUAAUGUAUUAAAACAAUGUUUUAUAUAAAAAAUGUUUAUCUUCAACACCAAAUACCUAAUUAAAUUUAUCAAUCACUAUUUAUGAACAGAGCUUUCAAGCACUCCCAGAAUAUUAUGUUAAGUAUUUUAGUGAAGUGACUUGUUAAUUAUUUGAAUGUUGUUUUAAUCAUUACCAAAAGCUGAUAACUCUAAGUCUUUGUGAUGAUGUGGUGUUAAGAAAAGCCUGUAGGUUUGUAUCAAAUAAAGGUAUAUUUCUGGAUGGUUUUACUUAUAUGUGGGAUAUAGGGAAACCAAACAAAAAGUCAGAGGAAGACAAACCUUGAAAGUUGAUCAUAGAUCUGAGACAUCCAGGAGGGGAGAGGGAGCGAAAGGUGGAGGAGUGAAAACAGGAAGGAGAAGGGCACACUGGACUAUGACUGAGGCUACCCAAAGGGGAUAUGGUGGGGAGGGAGCAAAGGGCAGAGGGGGGUCCAAUGGAGAAUUGCUGGGGCUUUGGCUGUGGGUGUGGUGAAAUGACCUACAUUUGUAGAGGUGUGGACAUAUACUGUGAUGUAAUCAACAUUAUCUCACUAUAACAACAACAAAAAGAAUUUGGGAGGAAGCACAUAAAGGUAUAUUUAUGAGAAAUUGGAAGACAUAAUUAACAAUGUCAUUUUAAGUUAAUAAAAUCUAUGUGAUCUGGAUUAUACUUUUUCUUCAUUAAGUAAACAGUAGAAAUUGUAUGUUCAUCAUUGCAUUAAACGCCUCUAGGAAAGAUUUGUACAUCAUGUACUUGGCAUGUCAUUGCAUAUUUUAAUGCCACCUACAAAUAUUUAACUUCAAUUUUGCUAUUUAUGUGUGUGCCAGAGGGCAUUUUAAAAGUUCACACCUAUUAAGGAGGAAAACAAGCAAAACCAAAAAGGAGAAACUAAUACAACCCUGGCUGGGCAUUGAACUUAAUAUUUUGGUGUGAGUUGUUUUGUCUGGCAAAGAAUUCUAUUUAAAGAAAUUUAAAAUCAUGGGUGUAAAUGUUAGUAGAAGGGGGUCAGGUGUGCAGGGCUAUAAUUAGAAUCUUGCUCUUUUGUCCUGUUGAAAUGUAAAACGGUGAGAAAGUCCUGUGGUAAAAUCAGUUUUCAGAUUUAUGUAAUGUGUAGUGGUAAGAACGAAAAUAAGAUUUAGGGGUUUGCAGUAUAAAAUGAGGAAAGGUGAAAGGUUGUUAAAUCAAUUUUUGCUUAAAAGUUUGAUUUAAAAUGAGGUGAAAGUGAAGGGCUAAAAUAAUGGUUUAAAAAGUUGAUGGCCAAAUUGACAACCUUAAAAGAAGAGAAAACAGAUAUGAACGGGUGUUUGAACCAAUGUUAAACGCAAUAAAAAAGAGGCUUGAGGUAAGAGACCUGUGUCCUUGAGUGCCAGAAUUUGACCUACCUUCUGAAUGUUCUGAGAAUUGAGGCUAUGGCAGUUUUGUUCUUUUCAGAAAGCUAGUACUGUCAACCAUUUUUCCACUCUGAAGAAAUAGAAAGUCGUUAUUCAUGAUUUUGCCUCAUGAGGAUCUAAGGCGAUGGACUUUUUUUUUCUUCACAAGUAAUCAGCGUCUUCCUAUUUUUCGUUUCUUUUAAUCUUGUGUAUAUGUUUUUUGUUGUCCUGUGUAUUGCAUCUCUUUCAUGUUUAGUGAGGAGGGAGUUUUGUCAGGCAUACUGCCUAUAGUAGCAGCCGUUCUGAAACAAAAAGAGUAGAAAGGCUGACCUUGCUACGAUCCUGUCCGUUAUCAAGAAUCCUAUGAGCUGGAAGGGGUCAUGCUCAGUGAAAUAAGCCAGAAAGAAAAAGAAAAAUACCGAUAGUUUCACUUAUAGGAGGAAUGUAGAGGAUUCAAAUAAGGAAUUGGGGGGAAAAUAAUUAUAAUAAAGUGAAAAUCAAAUUCAGCAAGCAACUGUAAGGCAGAGACAGUCUGAAGUGGGGGAAAGACGGAGAGGAAUAGGAUCCAAACGGGUGGGAAGAGCACAAGGGAUCGUGGUGAUAGUUCACAGGUGAACUGGUGGUGGGAAUUUCACAGGGACUGUAAUCGAGAUGAGAAAGCAUGCAUUGUACAAAAAU